CCUUUUAACAACACUUAGUAAACGUUUGGGAACUCAAGAGACCAAUUUUUUAAGCUUUUUAGGUGGAAUUAUUUCCCAUUCUUGCUUGAUGUACAGCUUAAGUUGUUCAGCAGUCCGGGGUCUUCGUUGUCAUAUUUUACGUUUCAUAAUGCGCCAAACAACAGUCUAGUACCCGCACUCUUUUACUAUGAAGCCACUCUGUUGUAACACGUGGCUUGGCAUUGUCUUGCUGACAUAAGCAGGGGCGUCCAUGAUAACAUUGCUUGGAUGGCAACAUAUGUUGCUCCAAAACCUGUAUGUACCUUUCAGCAUUAAUGGUGCCUUCACAAAUGUGCAAGUUAUCCAUGCUUUGGGCACUAUACCAUCACAGAUGCUGGCUUUAACUUAUAAUAAAUAAUUCACUCCUAUACAAUAUCCUACCCUAAUACCCUAAUAUGCAUACCCUAAUGUGCAUUAUUACCCUUCGAGUGCAAUACAGUAUUUUGUAUUUGUAUAGUGUUUUGUAUAUUGUACAGGAUUGCUUAUUUUAUUGGAUAGUAGUCUGUUUAUUUCAAUUCUUAGUUUUAUCUUUAUUACCUCUUGUGUAAUUUAUUUUUAUCCCAUAUUUGUUCCCACUACCGCACCUUAAGUUGGAGUCCUUAAUCUCGUUAUAUGCAAAUAUAAUGACAAUAAAGUCCAUUCUGUUAUAUUCUUUUCUAUUCUUUUGAACUUUGCUCCCAGAACAAUCCGGAUGGUUGUUUUCCUCUUUGUUGCGGAGGACGCGACAUCCACAGUUUCCAAAAACAAUUUGAAAUGUGAACUUUUCAGACCUACUGAAAUCUGCCUUUUGUGUACUUAUUUUAACCGGAUAUCCACCUACGUUAUAUCCGGUUGCCAUUUUUGUAGUCCCAUAGACAUCCAUCACUUUUAUCGUCCUUUUUUUACCGGAAGUCCACGUACAUCAUAUCUGGCCGCCAGUUUUGUAGUCAUUUUUUUACUGGGAGUCCACAUACUUCAUAUCUGAUCACCAUUUUUGUAGAUCUAAAGACAUCCUUGAAGACAUUUUUGUAGUCUUAAAGACAUCGGCCAUUUUUGUAGUCAUUUUUUUUUUUUUUUACCAGGAAUCUGUGUACGUUAUUUCAGGUAGCCAAUUUGUAGUCCUAAAGAUAUCCGCCAUUUUUGGCGUCCUUUUUUCCCCUCCAAAUCCACUUACGUCAUGUCACAUUUUUGUAGUCCUAAAGACAUCCGUCACUUUUGUUGUCCUUUUUUCUACCGGAAGUCCACGUACAGUACGUCAUAUCUGGUCGCAAUUUUCGUAGAUCUAAAGACGUCCGCCAUUUUUGUAGUCUUUUUUUUCUACCAGGAGUCCCUUUACUUCAUAUCAGGUAGCCAUUUAUGUAGUCCUAACGAAAUCUGCCUUUUGUUUACUUAUUUUAACCGGAUAUCUACCUACGUUAUAUCCGGUUGCCAUUUUUGUAGUCCUAAAAACAUCCGUCACUUUUGUCGUCCUUUUUUUUACCGGAAGACCACGUACAUCAUAUCUGGUCGCCAUUUUUGUAGAUCUAAAGACAUUUUUGUAGUCCCGAAGAUAUCCGCCAUUUUUGUCGUCCUUUUUCCCCCAAGAAGUCCACUUACGUCAUAUCACAUUUUUGUAGUCCUUUUUUUUACCGGAAGUCCAAGUACAUAUUUGGUCGCCAUUUUUGUAGAUCUAAAGACAUCCGCCAUUUUUGUAGUCUUUUUUUUUUCUACCGGGAGUCCGUUUAUUUCAUAUCAGGUAGCCAUUUAUGUAGUCCUAACGACAUCUGCCUUUUGUUUUAUUUUUUUUAACCAGAUAUCAACCUACGUUAUAUCCGGUUGCCAUUUUUGUAGUCCUAUAGACAUCCGUCACUUGUCGUCCUUUUUUUUUUACCGGAAGUCCAUGUACGUCAUAUCUGGUCACCAUUUUUGUAGUCUUAAGACAUCUGCCAUUUUCGUAGUCCUUUUUUUUCCGGGUGUCCAUGUAUGUCAUUUCAGAUAGCCAAUUUGUAGUCCUAAAGACAUCCGUCACUUUUGUCGUCCUUUUUUUCUACUGGAAGUCCACGUAAGUCAUAUUUGGUCGCCAUUUUUGUAGAUCUAAAGACAUCCACAAAGACGUUCGCCAUUUUUGUAGUCUUUUUUUCUACCAGGAGUUCGUCUACUUCAUAUCAGGUAGCCAUUUAUGUAGUCCAACGGCCACGUCACGCCCACAUCCCGGCAAGACUGGGGGCGAUCAGCAAUCAGCGCACCUGGACCUGAUGAGAGGGAGCUGUAUAAAGGACCAGUGGACCCAAGGAUCCAGGCGGGAACUUAGUUUACCCUUGGUGUACCUUCCUUUCCGAGUCUUACCAGUUGUUUCCCCCGUGGUUUUGGACUGCCUUCCUCGAUCCUUGACCCUCGCCCGGACACGGACCUUGUCACUCCUCUCCUGUCCUGGACCACCUGCCUGCCCCACGGGCUGCCUCGUUCCUUCGCUCUCAACACUUGUCCUUUCCCCCACUUUAAGCGGACCAUCUCUUCAUCCUCAUCAUUGUCCUCCUCCAUCGUCAUCCUCCGCUGCUCCUCCCAAGGUUGACCCUGCAGUGUCUGUAAGAAAAUGCAGUGCGGCUCCUCAGUCGGACAUUUUUCAUCGCCUUACUGGACCAGGAGUGAGUGUGUCAGUGUUGUUCCCAGACUGGGCCUACAAGCCAUCCUGGUCUCCGGGCUCCAGGCAGGUCCAGCUGUGGCACUUCCUGCUAGAGCUGCUGCGCCGCGGCGAGGGCGGAGCCAUCGGUUGGGGCAGUGAGUGGGGCGAGUUCGUCAUCCGCGACCCCGAGAGACUGGCCAGGCUGUGGGGAGAGAGGAAGGGCAAACCCCACAUGAACUACGACAAGCUGAGUCGCGCACUCAGAUAUUACUACAACAAGCGCAUCCUGCACAAGACCAAAGGCAAGAGGUUCACGUACAAGUUCAACUUCAGCAAACUCAUCCUGGUCAACUACGCGGCUCACCUGCCUCCACCUUGUCAUCAGCUGCUCCACAGCAACCAGUGUGGUCUUCCUCUGGGUGGGACUACUGCAUCAGCCAUGGACAGAGCGGUCCAGGACCGGCCUCACCACCUCUUCCUCCCGUGCUGCCUCCCCAACCCCAUUCCAUCGCCGCAGCUUCUCCACGCCCCCUCACACUUCAACUUAGGAGGAGCCUGCAGGCCCCCCGGCUUGCACCCUAUGGCCUCCUUGGCCCUCCACGCCAACGCCUGGCCGGGCAAAGGUCACGUGGUGGAGUGGGACGCGGACCAACUCACUUGGAGGCUGUUUGGCGGAAGACAGCAAGGCGAGGAGGAAAGGCUAUGAAGGACAGAUAGGAAGAAGGAUAUCACUGCAACAGAAGGGAUGGAAAACACUUUUAUUUUUGUAGAUUGCUGCAAUAGUUUUAUGUUCUGUGGUUGAAUUUAGGCAGAUGUUUUAUUUAUGUAUGUUGCAGUCACAGUGAGACUGCACUUGUAAACAACAAACAACACGGCACUUGCUGGGUUUGAGUUAAUCAAGUAUUUAACUGACAUUACCUUGCUCUCUCUGUGUUACGUAUCCCUCGCAUAGGCGCCGAUCUACAUUUCUGCCAGUGGGUGUAUUAGUGUUGUCUCGAUACCAAUAUUUUGGUACUGGUACCGGUACCAAAAGUAUUUCGGUACUUUUCAGUACUUUUCUAA